GCUAUCUUGAUUGUCACCACCUCACAUGAGUUCUCGUGGACAGGAAAAUCGAGUAAGAGCAAAGAGCGGCUUUAUUGCCCCCGGAAACGGUUAUUAUAUCUCUGUGUCUGGAAACUGGUGCUGGCUGACACCUGAGCUUGUCUUUGUUCGCGACGUAUUGACUCACGGCUCUCGUUCCUCUUCAAACGUAUCGGGACAGAUCUAUCUGCAAUGAAGAAUCAAAGUUCUCAGCUUACAAGGAUGAAUCUGCGCAAUGGAUUCCACGAUCUUGAACGAGCCUCUGGAUCGAUUCAGAAGAAUGAUCUCAGACUAUGUAGAGUAUGAUAUACGCAAUAUAUCUGC